AAACAAGCAAGCUGGAUUACUUGGAGGAGGAAGAUAGCAGAGACAGGAAGACAAAAUCUAAGGCAGCUGAAAGAAGGGAAACUCAGGACCCCACAGAACUUUUAACAUGCGUUAUGAAUCUCGAGAGAGAUACUAAAGCUUGCUGGGUCUCUCAGGCUGAUUUGAACACAGAAGCCUUUUCUUUUGCAAAGCAUUGCAUGGAAUUCGCAAUUUUCGAAAGAUACUUUGGGAAGUGCUGAAUUAAAGACAAAAAGCUUUUCUCUUGACAUCAUUUACGUGCCAACCAUCUUUUGGGAGCUGCAUCUCCACGUAGGUCUCUGAAGGAGCACUGCUGCAUCAGAAACAUAUUUACACGCCAUCUAUUUGGCAUGGAGAGAAAACUUAUGUCCUUACUUCCAUCCAUCUCCCUAUCAGAAAUGGAACCCAAUAGUACCUUGGGCAAUCACAAUAGCAACAGGAGCUGCACCACAGAAAACUUCAAGAGAGAAUUUUACCCCAUUGUGUACCUAGUAAUAUUUAUCUGGGGAGCCUUGGGAAAUGGCUUUUCUAUAUAUGUUUUCCUGAAACCUUAUAAGAAGUCCACAUCAGUCAAUGUUUUCAUGCUAAAUCUGGCCAUUUCGGAUCUCUUAUUCACAAUCACACUGCCCUUCAGGGUUGACUAUUACCUUAGAGGCUCCAACUGGAUAUUUGGGGACACACCUUGCAGGAUUAUGUCUUAUUCUAUGUAUGUCAACAUGUACAGCAGCAUUUAUUUCCUGACUGUGCUGAGUGUUGUGCGUUUCCUGGCAACUGUUCACCCCUUCCGGCUCCUUCAUACCACCAGCAUCAAGAACGCCUGGAUUCUCUGUGGGGUCAUAUGGAUCUUUAUUAUGGCUUCCUCAACAGUACUUCUGAAGAAUGGCUCUGAGCAGAAAGACAAUGUCACAUUGUGCUUAGAGCUGAAUUCUAAUAAAGUUACUAAACUGAAGACCAUGAACUACGUUGCCUUGGUGGUGGGCUUUGUGCUGCCAUUCGGCACUCUCAGCAUCUGCUACCUGCUAAUCAUUCGAGCUUUGUUAAAGGUAGAGGUCCCGGAGUCCGGGCUGCGGCUUUCUCACAGGAAGGCAUUGAUCACCGUCAUCAUUGCUUUGAUCAUCUUUCUCCUGUGUUUCCUGCCCUAUCACGUACUGAGAACCCUUCACCUGCUCGAAUGGAAAGCUGAUAAAUGCAAAGACAGGCUGCAUAAAGCUGUGGCUGUCACACUAGCUUUGGCAGCGGCCAACAGCUGCUUCAAUCCUUUCCUCUAUUACUUUGCUGGGGAGAAUUUUAAGGACAGACUAAAGUCUGCACUCAGGAAAGGUCGACCACAGAAAAUAAGGUGCGGUUUCUCUGUCUGUGUGUGGCUGAAAAAGGAAACGAGAGUGUAAGGGAUUAUUAGGUGAGGCUGUUAUUAUGUCCUUGCCCUUGUGUCUACCCUCAUUCAUGUGUAGUCUCCAAAUGAGACACCAUUCCCAACAAAGGUCGAGUCCCAAGAUUUAAUUGACCCUGACUUUUUUUUGUUUUUUGUUUUUGGCUAUGCCUAUAGCAUGUGAAAGUUCCUGGGCCAGGGAUCAAACCCAUGCCAUAACAGCAACCUGAGCCAUUGCAAUGAAAAGGCUGAUUUCCUGCACCACAAGGGAACUCCCCAUGACUUUUGCUAAUAAGACCUAUGUCAAAUAUAUCAUUAGGUAUAUCUUCAGUGCUUGAGUCUAAAUAAAGAGUAUAGCUUGGAGUUCCCAUUGUGGCACAGUGGAAUUGAAUCUGACUGGUAUCCAUGAGGAUGCAGGUUUGAUCCCUGGCUUCAUUCAGUGGAUCAGGGAUCCAGUAUUGCCAUGAGCUGUGGUGUAGGUUGCAGACACAGCUCGGAUCUCACAUUUCUGUGACUAUGGUUAGGCCAGCACCUACAGCUCUGAUUCGACCCCUGGCCUGGGAACUUCCACAUGCCC